AUGAUGAUGGACGAGAAGCGAGCCAAGGUAGAUGCUGGUGAUGGCAGCGACCCCAAGGAGCAGAAGGAGCUGCUGAGCGAGGGCCUGUUGACGAAGGAAUCGCGGGAGAAGUACCGCAAUGCAUAUGUGACAUCGAAGCCAUACCCGCACUGCAUCUUCGAUCCCAUCUGCAGUCCGGAAGAGUUUGCGCAGGUGCGUGAUGAAAUUGUGCAGAACCUGGAGACCAAGUACAAGGAGACGGACCUGUUCAAGCUGUACCAGACCACGGACUUGGCCAACAUCGACAACACACAGCCCGAGCUGGCCGCAAAGCUGCCCACCCUGCUCAGGCUGCGCGACCGGCUCUACUCCAAGGAGUUUCGCAGCUUCAUCUCCGAGGUGACCGGCUGCGGCGAGCUGACGGAGCGCGUGGACAUGGCCGCCUCCGCCUACACGCACGGCUCCCACCUCCUGUGCCACGACGACGUCAUCGGCACCCGCGCCGUCUCCUUCAUCCUGUACUUCAGCAAGGAGGGCUGGACCGCGGAGGAGGGCGGCGCGUUGGAGCUGUACCCGCUGGACCCCACCAGCGUUGUCAAGCGAGAGGCCCAGGGGGACGAGGGCGCGGAGAUGCUGGUGCAAGGCGUGCCGACCGCCCACCCGACCGCUCGCCACCUGCCGCUCUUCAACACCAUGGGCGUGUUCCGCGUGAUGCCUGGGCGCUCGUACCACUCUGUGCAGGAGGUGCUCUCUGACGGGUCGCCACGCCUCAGCAUCCAGGGCUGGUUCCACGGGCCACGCGAGCCCAUCGGCAACGACAUGGCCUCCCUCAACCAGCUCAAGACGGCGCAGGAGCGCGAGCAGCCCUUUGAGCCCAUCCACGCCGACAACAGCACCGACAACACCAGCAAGGACAGCAGCAAGGACAGCAGCAAGGACAGCAGCAGCAGCGUCAAGCCUGACGGCGUGGAGGUGGAUUCGCUCUCGGACGAGGACCUGGCCUUCCUGCAGCAGUACGUCAACCCGGUAUACCUCAAGGCCGAUGCCAUUGCGGCCAUUGGCAAGGAGUUUGAGAACUCUUCCUCUGUGCAGCUGCAGCGCUUCCUCAAGGAAGAUGUGGCGGCGCGCGUGACGGCGGAGUGCUUGGAGGCCGACACAAAGGAUGGCCUGCUGGACGAGAGGCUGCCCAGGGACGACACGGGGAUUGAGGGCAACUGGCAGGUGGUUGGCCCCGCGCACAUGCAGCGCUUCCUGCAAUACACGCGCGCCAGCAACGCCGCAGACAAGGAGGCUGACAAGCAAGAAGACACAGCAUCGCCUGGGGCGACGCUCGCACGGCUGGAGACGGCGGUGUUCCGGUCGCGGCCGUUCCUGCGGUAUCUGAGCGUGGUGACCGGCGGGCGGCUGACGGGUUUGAAGACGGCAACGCGGCGCUUCCGCAGCGGCCUCGACUACACAGUGGCGCACCACGGGCAGCUGCAGGCAGAGGCGGAGCUGGACGCCACGCUGUGCUUUGUUGACGACAGCGACGAGCUCAAGGGCGCGCAGUGGACGAGUGGGGACGCGGGCGGGUUCGAGUGCUACCUGGCCGCGGAGAACGAGGACAAUGUGGCGGCGGAGGUGUACUGCGAUGAUGACGCGGCCGGCAAUGAUCUGCUCAGCGUGCAGCCGUCAUCCAACACGCUGUCGCUGGUGUACCGCGACCCGGGCACGAUGCGCUUCAUCAAGUACGUCAGCGCGGCGUCCAGCGGGUCGCGCUGGGACAUCAGCAGCACAUACCAGCUGCACUACGACGACGACGACGUGGACGAGGACGAGGACGAGGAGGAUGACGAAGGGGAUGGCGAGGAGUAG